AUGAAUCAACAAGCCAAGGAAUCCAUCGCCAAGUCCCUCCAGGCCUCUACCGCCGACGUCCCACCACCCUCCUCCCCAGGUCACACCCAUGCCGACUCUCUUGAUGCACAAGUCGACAGCUUGCACCUUGACGAGCACUUUACAAAGGCCAACACUAUCUUCCAUAACCCACCAGUGCCAGUGCUUUACGAGCAGGCCUUGGCCUUUGAGACUGGUUCAGCUAUUACAAGCACCGGUGCUCUGAUCACGAGAUCCGGCGCCAAGACUGGCAGAUGCCCAAAGGACAAGAGAAUCGUCAGCGAGGCCGACAGCUUCAACGACAUCUGGUGGGGACCGGUCAACAUUGCCCUUGACGACCUGUCGUUCAUGAUCAACCGUGAGCGUGCCAUCGACUACCUGAACACCCAGGACAAGCUGUACGUCAUCGACGGCUUUGCCGGCUGGGACCCCAAGUACCGCAUCAAGGUCAGAGUGAUUUGCACCCUCGCCUACCACGCCCUCUUCAUGAACAACAUGUUGAUCCGCCCCACCAAGGAGGAGCUCAAGAACUUUGGCGAGCCCGACUACACCAUUUACAACGCUGGUCAGUUCCCAGCCAACCGUUACACCAAGGGCAUGUCGUCCGCCACCAGUGUCUCGCUGGACUUUAAGCGUCGUGAGAUGGUCAUCCUCGGCACCCAGUACGCCGGUGAGAUGAAGAAGGGAAUCCUCACCAUCAUGAUGUACUUGAUGCCCAAGAACGGAGUGCUGCCACUGCACUCUAGCUGUAACGAGGGCAAGUCUGGAGACGUCACCUUGUUCUUUGGUCUCUCUGGCACUGGCAAGACCACACUCUCUGCCGACCCACACCGUUUCCUCAUUGGAGACGACGAGCACGUCUGGACCGAGACCGGAGUGUUCAACAUCGAGGGUGGUUGCUACGCCAAGUGCAUCGACCUGUCGCGCGAGAAGGAGCCCGAGAUCUUUGACGCCAUCCGCUUUGGUGCCGUCCUCGAGAACGUUGUCUACAACCCAAUCACCAGAAAGGUCGACUACCACGAUGUGUCCAUCACCGAGAACACCCGUUGCGCCUACCCACUGGAGUUCAUCCCCAACACCAAGUUCCCAGCCAUGUCCAACAACCAUCCAAAGAACAUCAUCAUGCUCACCUGUGACGCCUUUGGUAUUCUGCCACCCGUGUCCAAGCUGACUCCCCAGCAGGUCAUGUACCACUUCAUCCAGGGUUACACCGCCAAGGUUGCCGGUACCGAGGUCGGAGUCACCGAGCCAACCGCCACCUUCUCCUCAUGCUACGGUGAGCCAUUCAUCGUAUGGCAUCCAACCAAGUACGCCGAGAUGCUUGCCGAGAAGCUCAGAAACCACAACGCCACCGCCUGGCUCAUCAACACCGGUUGGACCGGAGGUUCCUACGGCAUUGGCUCGCGUAUCCGUCUGUCAUACACCCGUGCCAUCAUCGACGCCAUCCACUCUGGCGAGCUGGAGAAGGUUCCAACCACCCCAAUGGACGUCUUUGGUCUCCACGUGCCACAGUCCUGCCCAGGCGUGCCAGCUGAGAUCCUCAUGCCAGCCAACACCUGGUCCGACAAGGAGAAGUACACUCAGACCCUGCACAAGCUGUCUGGUCUCUUCAUUGAGAACUUCAAGAAGUACCAAGAUAAGGCCCCAGCUGAGGUCCUCGCCGCUGGUCCAAAGCUCUAA